UGCUAAACAGACACCUGCUGUAGAAAAUUUGACAAAGGAUGAUAGUGUCAAAACUGUGGCAGUAACCAUAGAUAACGAGCAGGCAGCCCAGGCCAAACCUUGGAAUGCCCUUUUUAAGGAUAACCGUGACCCAAAGCAUGGUAUCAAACUGAAAUAUGUCCCUCCUAAAGGGGAAACCUUGGACUUUGGUGAUCGUGUUUUACCCUCCAUGGUCGAAAUGUGGGGCUUUUGCCUAGUUGGACACUUUACCGGAAAUUUUCCCGGACUUAAAGCGGUUCAUGAUCUCAAAGCUACAUGGGGUGUGAGAUGUUUUGUGAGGUCCCAUAACAAGGGAUGGGUAAUCUUUAAAUUCACUAAUGAGGAGGAUAGAUUGAAAGUACUACAUGACGGUCCUUACAAUGUGUUUGGGAAACUCCUUAUGCUAAAAGAACUUUUGGAUGACUUCUCGUUUGAGGAUGAGGAGUUUCUUAAAGUACCAAUUUGGGUCAAGUUCCCUAAAUUACCAAUGAAGC